UUUCGUGACUAUUAGAUGCUCGCAAGAAUUCGUCAAUCUAUCAUUCAUUGUUCUUGUUUGCUUCGAAAGGGGAGUUCUUUUCAAGCAGAGACUUUUAAUUCCUUCUAAGAUUACUAAAAGGGCAAAUCCCACCAUGGCAAACGUGAAGAAGAGACCACUAUAUGCAAAAAUGAAUGACCUAAUGUAUCCAGCAAUGUUUUCCCCAAAAUGCUUCCGAGAGGCAAUGGAAUAUAAACCCAAACCUGGAGAUGUGUUCAUCGACACAUACCCUAAAUGCGGUACCACGUGGAUGCAGAACGUUGCCAUGUACAUAUUUCGAAAAGGCAAAGAGUUAGAUCAUCCAUCGGAUUUCUUACAAUGCGCGCCUUUCAUAGAUAUGCUUGGACAAGAAGGUAUCGACAAAAUGCCAAGACCAGGAGCAUUUAAAACACAUUUACCUUACUCUCGUGUGCCAUAUUCCCCUGACGCCAAGUACGUUUUUGUCGCUCGAAAUCCCAAAGACUGCUGCGUCUCUUUUUAUUACCAUGCUAGAAAUGAACCAGGUUUUGGUUUUUGGGAUGGAGAAUUCAAUGAUUUCUUUGAGCUUUUCAUGGCCGGUGAGGUCGAAUACAAUGAUUAUUUUGACCACUUGCUGGAUUGGUACCCACAUCGAAACGAUCCGAAUGUGUUCUACACCACCUAUGAAGACAUGAAGAAGGAUAUAAAAGACGUCAUCUUGAGGCUUUCCAAAUUCCUGGGCCAGGAAUAUAUAGAAGCAAUCGAGAAAGAUAAUAAUGUCUUGAAUAACAUCAUACAUUUCAGUGGAUUCCAAUACAUGAAAAAGCAUUUAGCCGAUGUAUGGGAUAUUGAUAAAGGAGAAAAACAUAUUGGCCGUAUGUAUUAUGGUCUUCAACAUAUAAAGGAAUCUCUUAAAGCAUUAAAACUUCCAGAAGAUCUUCCUGAGCCUGAAUUUGUGAGAAAAGGAAUUGUUGGAGACUGGAAAAACCAUUUUUCUGCCGAACAAAACGAAAGACUCAAUGCAAAAUUCCUCGAAAAAUUGAAGGGUACAGAAGUAUUACAAUGGUAUUCUUUAGAAUAAAAUCUUUCUUUCGUUGUUUUUCUUUUCUUUUUUUUUAUAUUUGCUUAGUUAAUUUUGGUCCUGAUAAAUAGGGCAUUAGAAUGUAAUUCUUUAAAUUAAGAUAAUUUUUUCACUCUUGUUGAUUUUCAAAAUAAAUAAAUUGAAAAUAAUUUAUGCAUCAUUAGACAUUAACAAAUAGGCAUUUUCCUGAAGCUUAAGUCAAAUAUUAUUAGAUUUGUAUAAUCUAUUUAUGAAACACUCGUUUCACCAUCUUUGAUAUCUUUCAAAUAUUUCUCUAUCUGUUCGAUCUCUUACCAAGUAGUUAUAUUAAUACUUAUUGGAGCAUUGUCUGUGAAUUUAUGAAAGAUUAAUAAAAAUAAUCGUAUGUUUUA